AUGUCGCGAGUAUACGUCGGCCAUCUCCCUCCUCGUUGCGGAGAGCGUGAUGUUCGGAAGUUCUUCAAGGGUUUUGGUAAACUCCGGGAUGUUGUUCUGAAGAACGGUUACGGGUUUGUGGAAUUUGAAAACCCCAAGGAUGCGGAGGACGCUGUUUAUGAACGCCACGGACGGGAAUUGCAUGGGGAGCGAAUCAUAGUGGAGCAUGCCCGCUUACCCCCGGGGUCGCGAGGUGGUAGUCGACGAUCCGGGGGCCGCGAUCGGAGGUACGCUCCCCCAACAAGAACCGAAUACAGGGUUGUGGUUGAAAAUCUGUCUUCCCGUGUCAGCUGUCGGCGUCUGGUCCCUUUCAAACACUGGUGCUCUCGCUAA